GGUGUGUGGACGUCAGUUUUCGGCAGAUGUUGCUGACUGGACAUUUUUGUAUGUCACUCGCUGUUUCAUUUAUAAGAAGCAGUGCAACAUGGAAGAGGCUACUGGUGAUUUAGAUGUACAGUCAGUUGAAUUAACAGAAUUUUCAAAUUCUGAAGAUGUGAAGCCAGAUCUACCUGCAGUGUUUUCAUCUUCUGCUGACAUAAAAACAGAAUUAUCAACAUUUUUGACUUUCCAUGAUAUGAAACCAAACAAGACGUUUAUAACUUCACAAGACGUUGAAACUGAUGUUAUGCUAGACGUUUCGUCUUCUAAAGACAUAAAUGCAGAAUGUACAUUAUCAUCUUUUGAUGAUGUGAAACAUAAUAUGACAUUUCUAACUUCUCAAAAUGUAACAACAGGAUUUUUAAAUUUUAAAGAUGUGGAACCUGAUGUAUCAGCAAUUUUAUCAACCAGUGAAGGUAUAAAACCAGAAUUAGAAACUUUAUCAUCUACUGAAGAUAUAAAUCCAGAAUUAGAAACUUUAUCAACCAACAAAGAUAUAAAACCAGAUUUAUGGACAAAAUUUUUAGAUUCUGAGGACAAACAACAAAAUGGACUUGAAGAAAAGCUAACACUCUCUGAAGACAAAACAUAUCUGUCUGAUGAUCGUCAUGAACAGUUUUUUCAAAGAUCUAACUUGAAUAAACAAGCUCAAGUAGGGGAGAAGCCACUUGAAUGUGAUGCUUGCCAUAAAAGGUUUUCAGAUAAUUCUAGGUUAAAUGAACAUAAAAAAAUUCAUUCUGGAGAUAAGCCACAUGAAUGUGAUGUUUGUCAUAAAAAGUUUUCUAUCAAUUACUAUUUAACAAAACACAAAAGAGUUCAUUCAGGAGAUAAACCAUUUGAAUGUGAUGUUUGUCAUAAAAAGUUUUUAACCAAUUCUCAUUUAAAAACACACAAACGAGUUCAUUCAGGAGAUAAACCAUAUGAAUGUGAUGUUUGUCAUAAAAAGUUUUUUAGCAAUUCUCAUUUAACAACACACAAACGAGUUCAUUCAGGAGAUACGUCGUAUGAAUGUGAUGUUUGUCAUAAAAAGUUUUUUAGCAAUUCUCAUUUAACAACACACAAACGAGUUCAUUCAAGUGAUACGCCGUAUGAAUGUGAUGUUUGUGAUAAAAAGUUUUCUUUCAAUUCUAGAUUAAUGGAACACAAAAGACUUCAUUCAGGAGAUAAACCAUUUGAAUGUGAUGCUUGUGAUAAAAGGUUUUCAAACAAAUCUGGUCUAAGCCACCAUAAAAUUGUUCAUUCUGGUGUUAAGCGAUAUGAAUGUGGUGUUUGUCAUAAAAAGUUUUCUCGCAAUUCGGUUUUAAAAAGACACAAACUAGUUCAUUCAGGAGAUAAACCAUAUGAAUGUGAUGUUUGUCAUAAAAGGUUUUCUUGCUAUUCUGUUUUAACAGGACACAAACUAGUUCAUUCAGGAGAUAAAUCAUAUGUAUGUGAUUUUUGUCACAAAUGGUUUUCAAGGAAUUGUGAUUUAACAAAACACAAAAGAAUUCAUUCAGGAGAUAAACCAUUUGAAUCUGAUGUUUGUCAUAAAAAGUUUUCUAUCAAAUUUAAUUUUACAAAACACAAAAGAGUUCAUUCUGGAGAUAGGCCACAUGAAUGUGAUGAUUGUCAUAUAAAUUUAUCAGAAAGUUCUACUCUAAAAAAAAAUAAUUUAGAAGUUAAGCCUUUUGAAUGUAAAAGAUUUUCAGACACUUCUAAUUUAAAUACACACAAGAUACAUCAUGCAGGAAUUAAGCCAUAUGAAUGUGAUCUUUGUCAUAAAAGGUUUUCUGGCAAUUCUAAUUUAAUGAAACACAAAAGGGUUCAUACUGGAGAUAAGCCGUAUGAAUGUUAUGUUUGUCAUAAAAGGUUUUCUGACAGUUCUACUCUAAGAAAACAUAAAAUUGUUCAUUCUGGUGUAAAGCCAUAUAAAUGUGAUUUUUCAGACAGUUCUGCUCUAAGCAAACAUAAAAUUGUUCAUUCUGGUGUUAAGCCAUAUGAGUGUGAUAUUUGUCUCAAAAAGUUUUCUUAUAGUUAUAGUUUUUAUUUACAUAAAAGAGUUCAUUCAGGAGUUAAGCCAUUUGAAUGUGAUCUUUGUCAUAAAAAGUUUUCAGACAGUUCUACUCUAAACAAGCACAAAAAAAUUCAUUUAAAAAAGCCUUUUGAAUGUGUUUUUUGUAAGAAAAGGUUUUCAGACAGUUCUAAUUUAAAUACACACAAGAUGAUUCAUGCAGGAAUUAAGCCAUAUGAAUGUGAUGUUUGUCAUAAAAAGUUUUCUGACAUUUAUGUUCUAAAUAGACACAAAAAUAUUCAUUUAGGAGUUAAGCCAUUUGAAUGUGAUCUUUGUCAUAAAAGGUUUUCAGACAGUUCUAGUUUAAGUAGGCACAAAAAAAUUCAUACUAGAGAUAAAUUUUAUAAAUCUGAUGGUUGUCAUGAAAACUUUACAGAGAAGUGUGAUUAA